UCUCGUGACCAAAAGGAAUAUUUGAGCCACAACAGGUACAGUACUUUUUCUUUUUGCGAAGAGCAGGUACAGUACUUACUUAGGGACUGACCUUGUUGAUACUCCUUUAAUUGUCUGUCACAUACAACAAGUCCACCUGCCAUUUGGUCAGCCAAACAUUUCAACAACAAAAACAGGUAACGGUAGCUAUCACGGUCUGUGGCAGCACCUCAAGUCCACAAGACUUUUGUGUAUCCCCGUGAAGUGAAGCAAAUUUUCUCAUUGCUGAUCGGUCAGCUUCUGAGAGUUUUCACUUUUCACUCGAUUUCUUCUCUGACGGGUUCCUCAAUCCUCACCCUCCCUUGUUUCGAUUGCUUCACUUGAGCUCAAACCCGAGCACGCACGAGUCCCCGCAGCAGUGAGACAGGACCAAGCCUGGCGUGUAAAAGUUAAACCAGACCAGUAGGCAUUUUUCGCUUAUUUUCAUGCCACACAGGAAACUCUCCAAGUUCUACUAGGCUGUCCGGCAUAGGAGGCUAGGAAAUGCAGCAUUACUGAGAGUAAAAUUGAGAAACACUGCUCUUCCAAUAAAGAAAAAAGUGAGGUUUUGAAUUCCCUGCAAAAAAAAGUGAUAUUCGAAUUUGAGUUGGGUUUUUCCAAACUGAUGAGUAGAUGCAUCUCGAAAAAAUGUUUUUGUAUAAGUAUAGUAUUAGCAUCAUUGUUGUGUGAGAAAAGUACGGCCGGUUGGGUGGUGCUGUUAGAGUGUUGCUGGUUGCCCUCACUUGGUUGUGACCAAAUGGAGUUAUCACAGAUGUCCAAAAUAUCACAGAUGUUGUCGUUCUAGGCCGGCAUUCUCUACUUUUCCAGCUUGCUUGAUAACCAUGAAGUCGUUAUCAUCGCCUUCACAUUUGCUAGUGGCAAGGACACCUAUGAGAUAGUCCUAACAGCAUUUCUUGCCAAUUGUUAAGAGAUAACUAAUGGCAGGAGGUAGCUGUCACCGUAUGAACACCUUAAAUUCAAUGGAAACUUGGCGAGGCUUUGCGUGCACAGUGUAGCAGAAGCUUCUUGUUCUUGUCUUCGUCAAUCCGUGUUGAAGUCAUGACAAAGAUCCCAAUUUUUUUACCGAUCCAAACAAGCAGAACGGCCUCGUCCCGACGACCCAUAUUAUCUCUGUCGGAGUCUCUGGGAGCGUUUGAUCCGCUUGCGAGGACGCGGCGGCGUGCAUGGCGACGGCGGCUGCCGUCGGCACGGUGGUGCUGGUGGACGCGGCGCUGGCCCCGUACGAGCACCCUGACCUCCGGUGGCUCGUCCGGAAGCACGUCCUCGCCGUCCUCCAGGAGUUCCCCACCCUCUCGCCCUCCGUCGACACCUACACCAGCGACGACGGCGCCUCCACCGUGCUGCUCAACGCGCGGGGCCUCCUCGCCGUCUCCCCCGCCCUGCCGCCGGUCCUCCUCACCCUGUGGCUCCCCAGGGAGUACCCCUACCGCCCGCCGCUCGUCUACGCGCUCCCCGCCGCGCCGUCGGCGUCGCUCGUCCCCGACCACCCCUUCGUCGACCACCGCACCGGCCGCGUCCACCGCACGCUGCCGUACCUCGACGAAUGGAGCGUGCCGACCUCCAGCCUCGCCGGCCUCGUGCGGAGCCUCGUCGCGGCCUUGAGGAUGUGCCACCCGCUGAAGUCCACCUUCGGCUUCGCCGACGCGACGACCGCCGGAGCGACGCCGGUGGAGGAGGAGCGGCGGCGCAUGCACGCCGUGCUGGCCAACGAGCUCGCCUCGAGGCUGGGCAGGGACGCAGCGGCCUUCCGCGGCGGCGUCGACGGGGACAUCCAUGCCCUGUCCUCGCUGCAGGCCGGCCUCCGGGCACGCGGCGACGCCAUGGGCCGCGCCGUCCGCGACCUGGAAGAGGAGAGGAUGCGGCUGGAGCGCGCCGUGACGGCCAGCCUCGCCCACCGCGGCCAGCUGCUCGCCUGGCUGUGCACGGCGAGCCGCGCGCCCGAUCCGGGAGCGGCGUUGGCUCCGCACGCGGCCGCGGGCGACGCGCCGCGGUGGCUGGAGAGCAAGGCGUCGGAGCUCGCCGCGGACGACGCCAUGGACGCCCUUGGCCACGCGCUGGAGAACGGGGACCUCAGCUUCCAGGAGUACAUCAAGCGCGUCAAGGUCCUCGCCAGGGAGCAGUUCUUCCAUUGCUACGCAGCGUCCACGUCGAUGAACGCCUAAUUAAUAAUCGAUUGCACUAGUUAACAUCUUUAUUUAUUCGUUUAUUUGGCACAGUGUAGUGUCCAAUCAACAGGUAUGGUUUCACUUGUGUUCAGAAAUUGCAAUUUUCCUUGGGAAAUUAGUCUACAACUGAUGAACUCUUCGUUCGAUCUGAUAAGGGAAAAUUGAAAACUGAACUCUGAAAUUGUCAAACCCGACUGUUGAAUUCA